AUGCUCUUACUCACCUUACGGUUCAACUGGUUCAACUGCAUGGACCACUUCCUCGACUCCGCCAUCCUCAACUUCAACCCAGUCCCACCUACACUUCAAGAUCGAUACGUUCGGCUCUCACAGCAACGGAAGGACCUCCAGACGGUGCUAUCUCCCCUUCGACAAUUCCCUCUCGAAUUAGUGGGCGAGCUGCUUAAAGCUUCCCUGCCUGCUGGAGCCGCGGCACCGUGCCACAUUGAGUUAACUCGACGGGAACGCGUGCACUUUGCAGUUCUCCUGUCAACAUGUAGAUUGAGGAGAAGAGCGGCAUAUUCGACACCUGCCCUGUGGGUAAACGUUUCGCUGCGACUUGACAGAGUGGUCCUGUUCAAGGCAGAUUUCUGGACAGCUUUGUACGACAAGCUGCGAAAUUAG